AUAUCUUAGAGCUCGCAGCUGAUAGAAGACGUGGUUCGUUCCGGAAAAAAAGUGGAUUUGGCCACUCCACCGAGGGCGGAUUUUAAGAGCAGAACAAACGAGCUUCUAACCAUGAACUGUACAUAUUUUAGAAGUAGAGUGUUUAAUUUAUCUGGAAAAUGAGAGCUUUGUGUAUUUUCCCGUGGGAACUCGGCGCUGUAGUGCUGACCAGCUCGCCUUCGACUGAAGAAACAAUGCAGGCCUAGCUAGCGGAGGCUAAUCGGAUCACUGGCCCAACACACCGCAGUGGGAUUUAAACCGUGGACGGAGCUGUGCUUUUGAAGCUGUUGCGAUAUAAAACGCCAUGAGUUCACAGCUGCAAGUCUUCUCUCCCCCCUCAAUCUCCUCCAGUGCCUUUUGCAGAGUUAAGAAGCUCAAGGUGGAGAGCAAUGUUUGGGACGUAUCCACCACUGAGGCAUACGGUUCCAUAGCAGGCCAGCCGGCAUACGCGUUUACCCCAGCCAUGGCUGUGCCUCCCUUUGCACCGUCGCUUGUCUUCCCUCCUACAGCUACUGGCUCCAGGGGUCAAGUGGUGGUGCGAGCAGCUGAUAGCACAGGUAGUCUUCCUCGUGGAUCCAGUCGACGUGUCCCUGAACAGACGACCUCCUCUUCUUACAAUCACGAGACGUCCUCAGAAGUUAGGAGCCAAAGGCACGGGCAAAAGAGAAAGAUUGAGGAAGCCACUGAGGGCAGCGGGAGCGGAUGUGGCAGUGUUCAAAUACUAGAGGAGCUCUCGGCUCCUGCGGCAACUUACUCCACCCGUGCAGGUGUCGGUGCUGGAGGAGGGGGCACGGGCCAGUCUAUACCUCACUCCGCUCCAACCACCAAGAGCAGCAGCUCAAAUGGCGAGGGGGAUUAUCAGCUCGUGCAGCACGAAAUCCUCUGCUCCUUGUCCUCCAGCUAUGAAGUGCUGGAGUUCCUUGGAAGGGGCACUUUUGGGCAAGUGGCCAAGUGUUGGAAAAGGGGUACCAAUGAGAUUGUGGCAAUAAAGAUCCUGAAAAACCAUCCUUCAUAUGCUCGUCAGGGACAAAUUGAGGUGGGCAUCCUGAAUCGACUGAGUGCAGAGAAUGCAGACGAGUACAAUUUUGUGCGCUCGUAUGAAUGCUUCCAACACAAGGGGCAUACCUGCUUGGUGUUUGAGAUGCUGGAGCAGAAUCUGUACGACUUUCUCAAGCACAGCAAGUUUAGCCCGCUCCCCCUGCGCCACAUCAGACCCAUCCUGCAGCAGGUUGCUACAGCGCUGAUGAAACUGAAGAGUCUGGGAUUGAUCCAUGCGGACCUGAAGCCUGAAAACAUCAUGCUGGUUGACCCUAUCAGGCAGCCAUACAGGGUGAAGGUGAUUGACUUUGGCUCAGCAAGUCAUGUGUCCAAAGCAGUGUGCUCAACCUACUUACAGUCUCGCUACUACAGGGCUCCAGAGAUCAUUUUGGGCCUGCCGUUCUGUGAGGCCAUUGACAUGUGGUCUUUGGGCUGUGUGAUUGCUGAGCUGUUUUUAGGCUGGCCUCUCUACCCUGGAGCUUCUGAGUAUGACCAGAUCCGAUAUAUUUCUCAGACUCAAGGCCUACCAGCUGAGUACCUCCUGAGCGCCGGCACAAAAACCAGUCGCUUCUUCAAUCGAGGCCCAGACUCCAGCUACCCGCUCUGGCGACUAAAGACCCCAGCAGAGCAUGAAAUGGAGAUGGGUAUCAAAUCAAAGGAGGCCAGGAAGUACAUCUUCAACUGUCUGGAUGAUAUGAUGCAGGUCAACCUGUCAUCUCAUUUGGAGGGGACAGACAUGCUGGCUGAGAAAGCUGACAGAAGAGAGUUCAUAGAUCUCUUAAAACGAAUGCUUCGUCUGGAUGCUGACAAAAGGAUCACUCCCACAAAAACCUUGGGUCACCCUUUUGUCACGAUGAGUCACCUAAUAAAUUAUCCGCACAGCUCGCAUGUCAAGUCAUGCUUCCAAAAUAUGGAGAUCUGCAAACGCAGGAGCACAUACGACAGCAGCAAGUCUCUGUACUCCACCAGUGCAGUUCCCAAUGCUGCCGCAGGAAACCUCACUGUUACCUUCAGUAGCCAGCUUAACCAGCAUAACCAGGUGCCUUCUGGCGGGGGUGCCGUGCCUUUGCUAAACUACCAGCCAGCUCUUUACCAACAGGCAACUAUCAACAUUCCUGGUUUGGCUCAACAAAGCGUCCCAAUCCCAGGCCGUCCCGCUGGGCUGUGUAGCCAGACAGAACCGUUUCAGCAGACCCUUAUUGUGUGUCCACCCUCUACUAUUCAAGGGCUACAGCCAUCCAGUAAGAGUUCAAGCUUCCCUGUGAGGAUGGAGAACUCUGUACCCAUAGUACCUCAGAACCAGUCUGCUCAGUCACUGCAGAUCCAACCAAGCAUGCUCACUCAGGGUUCCUGCACACCCCUGAUGGUUGCCACCUUACACCCACCCCCAGCAGGCAUAGCCCCUCAGUAUUCUCUGCCCCUCGGGCUGGGCCCCGGGGUGGGUCGACCCACCCUCCUGGAGCACACAGCCACUGUGCUGCAGGCAUGGCCAACUGGUACCCAACAAAUCCUCAUCCCCUCAUCGUGGCAGCAGGUCCCAGGCGUGGCCAUCCACGGCUCUGCCCACCAGUCAAACGUCACAGAGUCCCCCCUGGAAACGAUUCAUUCGGGCGCUGGCGUGCAGACAGGACAAAGCUGGCGAAACGUAACUCAAGCCAGGACGCAGCAAGAGAGAAAGAAAGGAAAAACCAGAUGUGGGGAGAACAGAAACAGGGGGGUAUCCACUGCAUCUAUACUUCGCAGCGCCAUGACCCCACCCACCUCCUCUGUCGCUUUGUCCCAGCCAAUCAUCAUCUCAGACACACCCAGCCCAGCGAUCAGCAUCAUCACCAUUCACAGUGACACAGACACUGAAGAUGAGCGCAAGUUCCAUCCUGCCAGUGUUGGACUGGGCCGUACCAAUGUCAUCAGCUGCGUAACCGUGCACGACUCUGACUCCUCUACAGCCAGCCCGCUGACUCCAUUGCCUCGCAAUCUCAACGCCACUGGCUGUCUGUCGUCACGGCAGGCCAAGUCUCUGGCAGUGGUGGCUCCUUCAGUUAAAAACCAGACCUCUGAGAGGUCGGCAGCUUCACAUGGCCGCGUAGAGAUUGGUACUUACAUGAAGCCAAAAAGAUCAUCCAACAGACAGCCCUGCAGUUCAGGAGAAAGUAUGGAUCGAGCUAGGCUGGUCCCAAGCCAGUCACACCCUUUAAACCUCAGCCAGGUUCAGCCGGUGGUUUCUUCCUCUCAGGAGCGUUCGUUAGUCUCCCACAGCAACUCAUCUCUACACCGCCAGCAGACGUUCCCUCCGACCGUUUCCGCCUCUCACUACAGCUUCCCAGAUGUGUCGGCCCUGGUGCCUGGCUCGGCGGCAGCCGCCGCCGCAGCAGCAGCCAGCCUGUACACCUACCCAGCUUCCACCGCCCUCUCCUCGGCUUCUCAGGCCAUGGAGCAGCUGCUCGGCCGGGGGCAUGGCAGCCACGGACACUCUCCCUCCGCCUAUGCAGCAACGUACGCCUCGACCUCCUCCUCUUCCAGGAGGGACUCGGCCAGUCGCAAAGAAUCGGUCAGCAGCCUGCUGCACGGCCUCCCCGCAGCCUACCAGCACCAAUUUGCGGCCGGUUCUCCCUACGUCAGCGUGACGCCCCGAGCUGAGGCUUACAGUGCCUACCAGCUGAGCCCCAGGCGCCUCACACAGUACCCCUACUUAUAGUGAAUCAAUGCAAUUAGAGAAAGGUAGACAUACUUCCUCACUCACUUACUAUCACAAAGGGACGUUCGAACUUUAGAAUUACUGUCUGUCACUUAAUUGUUUGCUGCUUUUAACCACAAGAAAGCAUUUUAACCCUAGCUAUCUAUAUGCUCUUUUGGACUAUUUUAGUGUAUUUGAAAUGACUUUGGUUAUUAUUUGUGAUGUAUUCUAAUAUUUUCCCCCGUGGCUCAUAUUUUAUCCCCAACCCAGUCUAUCUAAUUUACUGUUUACCUUGAGGUUCUGCGUGAAGAGAGAUCGUCCUCCUGUCACUUGCCCCAAAAAUACUCAAAAACGACUCCUUAGUUUUUCAUGAGCCUUACUGAAAAGUUUCCACACUAAUCCUUUAAAGCCCUGUAUUUAUUUAGCGAACCUGAAUACUGUACCCUUGCCAUCUUUGUUUACUCAUGUUGUUUGACUGUUUUUUUAAUUAUGUUAUUUGUGAAAGAGGAAGGUCCGUGAAGACGUCGGAGAAGCCGUGCGGCUAAAACUGUGAUGGAUAUGUUUAAUUUAAAUACACGUUGUGGUUGUUGUGUUUCUGUAGUGACGGUGUUUCAGAUGGAUUGAUCAUGCCUGUAUGCAAUAGAGAACUUUAAGACUGGGUGCUGAAUGUACUGAUCAAGUUCAGAGUGUGAUCUCCUUCCUGAGCGGAUCUUGUAAAAAGCUUUUAAAUUCUUGAAUUCUCCUUGUACAUGAAAAGUCAACUUUCAUGAGGCCUGGAAAGAAAAAUGUAUGUAUUCAUGUGAGCCCAGAUUUUUAGGAUCUACUAUUACUAAAAUGGAUUUAAGGCCAGUUAUUUUUCUGCCCGUAAGCUGUAACAAACUACACCUUGUUCUGCACAAAGACUAAUUUAUCCAGCUGUGUGGAGACUGUUGACAAGACACUCCCAGUUAUCUGGUGCAAAUCUUCCUAUUGUCUGUUUUCCUGCAAAACGGUGGAGCUGAUCUGUCGAUACAUGCAGGUUGGGAAACCAGCAGUCACUGUGUUCAGACAUGUAGCUGUGAGACGGCAUCUCCUGUCAGCAUCUUUGUUUUUAAAGGCGGGAAUCUCUGGAUGGUUUGUGUGCUUUUAGGUAAACCCUCCCACGUUUUUCUUUAAUUUUGUUUUUGCAUUGGUUCUGUGUCGUAAUGUCUUGAGUAUUUAACUGUAUUUCAUCCUAACAUAGAGUAGUUAAAGAGGAUGUUUGGUAGAGCUAAUUCAGGGAAAAAAGGGGUUCAAAUAAUCCACCUUCACUGUUUCCAAUAAAAUAACCACAAUCUCAAAA